UAUAUACACAUGAAAAUUUGUACUCUGUUCUUGUGUGUUCUAUCUUGGGAUAUGUUUUCUAUUGCUGAACUAAUUGCACCUGUACAGCUGAUAACUUCUUUCUGAGUUAUAACCUAAAUUUGCCAAGUGUCUUAUCGGUCUUGUAAAAUUACUGGACAAAGUAUCAAUAUUUACCGUCUCUUGUAAAUGAUCUGUUUUUCUGAAACGAUUUCAGCAGUUAAAAAUUAACUUACAAACAUGAAUAGCUUACGUAUGUGUGUUAACGCUUUUAUCUUAAGAAAUGGAGUGCGGUGUACAUUGAAUUACGAAGGACAGAGACAUAUAAAAAGAUGGGUGUCACCAACAAUGAAGGAAUUAACUUCACGUAAGAAGCAGGCAUUUAAGAAGUUAGGUUACGUACCAAUUCCAAAACGUGAUACCUUCCUGGAAUGGAAUAGAUCAGCUGAGAUAUUUGCAUUUAACAAAAGACUAUCCGAAGAUUUUGAUAUAGAAAAAUUGGAACAAGCUUUCACGCACAGGUCAUAUAUUUUUAAAGAAGAACAAAAGCAGAAAGAAAUGGGAAUAGAAAAUCCUAUUCUAGAUAUAAAAGAUAAUAGUACUUUUAUUAGGAAAGGCGAGAAGCUCGUAUCAAAGAUUGUACAAAAUUAUUUAACUGAAGCCUUACCACUUGCAUCAGAAGAUGUCAUAAAUUCGUUACAUGAUUAUCUUCUUUCUGAAGAAAUUCUGGCUAAAGCAUCUUUACAUAUUGGAGCCAAAGAUAUUAUCCUAACUGAGGAACAUCCUGUAGCACAGGAAACUUUGGCUGAAACAUUUUUUGCUCUUACCGCGGCACUCGAGGAAAGUGUGGACACGAAUCACGCAGGAAAAUUCAUUAGGGACUUUUUAAUUGUGAUAUUAGCCGAAAAAGACUUAACAGAAAUAUGGAAUCCGUCUCAGCCGUGUGAAACUUUAAAUAAUAUUCUACAAAAACAAAACAGAUUUCCUGCUGAACCGAGACUUAUUGCACAUGCGGGAAAAAAUACACUUUUAGCAGCAUAUCACAUAGGAAUGUAUUCUAACAAAGAAUUCCUAGGCUCGGGAUAUGGUCAGACGAUUCAAGAAGCUAAAGAUGUAGCUGCUAUAAAUGUUUUAAGUCGAAUGUUCGGUUUAUUGGAUUCUAGUAAUCCAAUCAAGUUUGACAAAACAGUGAAUUUAUCCUAAGCUGUACAAAGAAGAAACGUUUAGCAAGAACAAAUUUUUAAUUGGCAAUAAAUGUUGUAUAUUGACGUAUAUCCGAAUCAUCAGAGAGAGUUUCCAAGAGAAUGUUAUUUUGAAAACAAUUAGCAAAUUUCGAUACAAAUAUAUGCAUACAUAAGAUCAUAUAUUUAUCACGCAAUCAUACAUUAUAUGCCUUUGUAUUCUAAAUAUCAUUAUUAAAAUGUGUAAAAAACGA